GCGCGCAAAAUAAAGGGGGCGAUGUUUGUAUUUCAGCAUUUGACGCACUUGAACAGCUGAUAGCGCAAUCGUCGCUCUUUGAUCUUUUAAAAUGUGUGAUAAAGUAGUAGCAAUUUACUAAAGUGCGUUUUACUAUCACAGAGCAGACAAAGGUACAGGGCCAGGAUGUGGAAUCGCGGCAGAAUUCUAAGCCUUAUGCGCACCGUCUCAGGAGGCAGUUGCAGCUGUCCGGCACACUCUCGCACGGACUGCGGGAAACCUCAUCACAGCAGCUUAUCUCCGGGGAAUGAUUAUGCGUUUGAGAUGUCCUCCUCGACGAUCCGGUAUGGUCCCGGGGUAACUCGUGAGCUGGGGCACGAUCUGCUGAACAUGAAUGCCCAGCACGUGUGCGUGGUGACCGAUCGCAAUGUGAUGGGCCUCCCCUCGGUAAAGACCGGACUGGAUGCUAUCACUCGCGCCGGAAUUAGUACCACACUGUACACCGACGUCCGUGUGGAGCCAACGAACGAAAGUCUUCAGCAAGCGAUCGAUUUUGCCCGCGAGCAGCCCGCGUUCGAUGCGUUUGUUGCUAUUGGCGGUGGUUCGGUGAUCGAUACGUGCAAGGCCGCCAAUCUGUACAGUGCCGAUCGGACGGCCGAAUUUCUGGAUUACGUUAAUGCACCGAUUGGAAGCGCGAAAGAGGUAACCGUCCCGUUGAAGCCACUGAUCGCCGUUCCGACAACCGCUGGAACCGGCUCGGAGACAACGGGAGUCGUCAUUUUCGAUCAUAAACCGCUGCACGCCAAAACGGGAAUUUCCAGUAAAGCGUUAAGGCCAACGCUGGGGCUAGUAGAUCCGUUGCAUACCCUCUCCCAGCCCGAGAAGGUAGCGGCGUACUGUGGGUUCGAUGUGUUCUGCCAUGCGCUAGAGAGUUUCACCGCCAUUCCGUACACGGAGCGAGGUCCAGCACCGGCAAAUCCGAAGCUUAGACCACCCUACCAGGGCAGUAAUCCCAUCUCGGACGUUUGGGCUCGGUUCGCACUGCACACGAUCAGCAAACACUUCAAGCGAGCCGUCUUCCAUCCGGAUGAUCUCGAGGCACGAUCACAAAUGCACCUGGCAUCGACGAUGGCCGGUGUUGGCUUUGGGAAUGCCGGUGUGCACCUUUGCCAUGGGCUUUCCUAUCCAAUUGCGGGUCUCGUUAAGCAGUUCAUCCCGGAGGGCUACACUGGAAGUCAUCCGAUCAUUCCACACGGUCUUUCGGUGGUGAUGACGGCACCGGCCGUCUUUCGUUUUACCGGUGUUAGCUGUCCAGAGCGUCACCUAGAGGCGGCCGAAAUUCUAGGAGCGGAUAUAUCGAAGAGUCAUCGGCAAGAUGCUGGAACUAUACUUUCCGAUAUCGUACGGCGGUACAUGCACGAGCUUAAGAUCGAAAAUGGUCUAUCGGCCCUCGGGUUCGGCUACUCCGACGUUCCCGCACUGGUCAAGGGUACCUUGCCGCAGGAGCGCAUCACGAAGCUAGCACCACGUGCACAGUCGGAAGCGGAUCUGGCCCAUCUGUUCGAGGAAUCCCUUACCGUGUACUGACGGAUUUAGCAUAAAUAUAACAUGAAACCACAUUUUCACAAUCAACCAGCCGAAAUGGUUAGUGACACUGUAAAUUCGAAAUGCUACCCGCAUUAAGUGCCAUCUUUAUGCUUACGCUAAGCUAUGCGAAUGGAUUCGCAACGUUACCGACGGAGCUGGAUCGUCCACAGCGGUGCCAUCU